AUUUCUCGAACUUUCAUCUUUCAAUUCUCUCUGUUCUUCUCAAAUCUAUAAGAUGCUAACAUUCCAUUUCAUCUUCAGCUUGUGGUUGCCUAGUGUUAUCUGCUAAAUCAACUGGUUUUUAUUUCGGUAUUAUUUGGUAAUCUUCAAAAGAUUUGUGGAUUCUCUGAAAAGAUCGUUCGCCAUGUCUAGCCUGUGUAUGUCUGCAAAUAUUCCCGCUCUUUCUUGUGUAUCCUCCAGAAAUGGAAGCAUUUCUUCAAAUCCCUGUACUGUGAGAACUAAUUUGCUCCCCUGUAACAAGCUUUUGAGUCCAAAGGUAGGACUGAGCUAUCCAGCCAAGAGGAGACCUGUAAAUCCUUCGUUGGCAAGGGCAGAGAGCAAAGACAAUGCAAUUAAUGUGCAAAAUACGGGCAAAGAAGUUGAGAAAAAAUCAAAUGGCGCGGGCAAGGCAACAGAUAUUUCGACUUUCGGUCUAAUGGAUCCAUUGUCUCCCAUGAGAACAAUGAGGCAGAUGCUGGAUACGAUGGACCGACUGUUUGAGGACUCGUUCAUGUUCCCGUCCACAAUGCCUACGAGAGAGAAUCCGGCGGGGGUUCGAACCCCAUGGGACAUGACGGAGAACGAGACUGAGCUGAAAAUGAGGUUCGAUAUGCCAGGAUUGUCCAAGGAGGAUGUCAAGGUAUCCAUUCAGGACGAUCUUCUGGUUAUUAAGGCGGAGAAACAAAGCAAGGAGGAGGACGACUCGUGGUCUGCCAGAGGCUACAGCUCUUACAAUACCAGACUCCUCUUGCCUGACAACUGUGAGACUGAUAAGAUUAAGGCUGAAUUGAAAAAUGGCGUGCUAAAUAUUACAAUUCCCAAGGCCAAGGUGGAAUCCAAGGUUAUCGAUGUGAAUGUUGAGUGAGUAGAUGUCGACAAGGGGACUGUUUAACAGUCGAUUGUAGAUGAUGUAAAUAGAUAAAUCAAGGAGAGUGACAGAUAAUCGAAGCUUUGAAAAUGGGAAAGGAAUUGCUCUGUAAUUUCGCUUUUGGAGGUUUUUUCAGCUUUUUGGACUGUGUAUUUCAGAAUUUUAUCUAAUUUAUGCAAUUACUAUUAGUGGGUUUCUAGUGCCCAUUUUUUA